CGGGAAAUCUGUGGUCCACCGGUUUCGGUGCAGCAGCUGUACGAGCAGAAGGAACGCAAACGGGAAGAGUUUCUGCGUCUGGUAGAGGAAAAGUUUCGUCGUAGUAUGACGCAGUGGCGUCUCGAUCAGGAUGUGGAAGCGGAGGAAUUAAGGCAAAAGAAGAAGCGCCAACGUGAGGAACUGCUGGAUCAGUUGAAUGAAAUACGGGAGAGCAAACUGGCAGCUCGGAAGCAGGAGAUUGCACAGGAAGCUCGCUUCCAGGAGGAGCGGUUGGAGCUCGAAAACCGUCAGUUGUUGGCGGAAAAUCUAGAACGGAAAAAAGUUGUUGAAGGAUACAAAGAGUUGAAUCGAAUGAUGGAAGAGAAAAGGAAUCGUGCGGAAGCUGAAGUGAAUCGGUUGCAGGUGGAGCUUGCUGGUAGUGGCGUAGAAACCGUCGACAUUAUGGGGGAUAGCGAGAAUGAGUUCGAAUCGUGCGUUGGUGGGAGUACGACGGAGGACGAAAGUGCAUCGUACUACGAGGAUGCUCAGAGGAGUCCUUUGAGUGAUCGAAGGGAUGAUUUGUCUAAUGAGGAAGAAGAUGAAACCACGAUCGUGGAGAAUGCAGAGAUCGGGGAAAGUGAUCUGGUGAACUGUAACGAUGUAGUUAGUGAGUUUGAGAGAAACAAACAGAAGGUUUUAGGAUCUAACCUGGGAAACUAUUUGACGGAAGAUCAUGAGAACGCCAAUAUAGAGGCAAUCAAGGAAACAGCUUCUGCCGGAAUUCGCCAAUUGACGGAAGCCCAACGAAACCGAAUCAAAAUUCUUUCGCAGGAAUUUAACUGUGUUGUGGACGAGGCCCCGGUUGAGCAAACAGACCUUAAUAGCAACCAAACGGAGGAUCGACAUCGCAAUCGUCAAAAGAUUUUGAUUAGUGAUUUUACCAAUAGGCAACAGAUCGCCGAGAUGGAAGCUACUCGAGAGCUGACCGAUCUGGAGAGGAACCGCAUGAAAAUAAUGAGCCAGGAAUACAACGUAAUUGUUAACGAUCAUAGUCGCGGUUCACAGCGAGACCGGAAACCGGAUAUGUAUUUGAAUUUGGACUCGGAUCGAGCUAGAAACCGUAGACGAAUCCUAGAAUGCGAGUAUGAUAUUUUGACCGGAGCGCAGAAUUUUGUCGACACGCCGAUGUCUGUCGAUAGCGACACGGUCAGUGAAGAUCUUCAGUUGCCGUUGAUUGUGGUGAAUGGAGUGUGUCAAGACAUCAACGCUAACACGCUUGGAUCGGAAUGUGGCUCGCUAAAGCUGAACACAGCUAUUGCACAGGAGCAGUUCAACGAAAGUCGGUUCGGUGUUCCGGAUACGGCACUUUUAGCACAGGAGACCCCAGAAAGUGCCCUGAAUACGGCUGGUCUCCAUGCAAAACAAGGAUUCGAGUUUCCUGAAGUGCGAAAAAGUUGUUCCAUUCUAAAGCUUGAUACUGACAACAGCUACGACGAGGAUGAGAUCUACAAAGACUUUGUGGAAGCUUUGAAGAGGCGAGAUUUGAAUCUUUGUGAGUUGGCUAGUAUGAACAAUGAAGUUGGUAGCCUCUCCGAGCUUCGUCAACUAGAUAGCGAACUACGAAGUGUCGAUGUGUUAACUGUAACCCGCUUCCUCCAGAGUUCCCUGGUGAUUCCCCUUAAAGCUCAUAUGCAGAUAGUGAACAGUGAAAUUAUGAAAAUGUGUUUGAACGACCUGGAUAUCUUGGGGCACUUUGAAAGCCUUCGUAACUACUUUCUACUGAUGGACGGAGAGUUUUCCUGCUACAUCUGCGACAACCUCUUCAUAUUGCUGGAACAAGUUUGUAGCCCAGAUGAGCUGCUAAAUUAUCAAACUUUGCAUACAAUUUUAGAUUCGGCGUUAUGUUCCAGUGCGGCAGGUGCCGACAGAAACGCUGAUCGUUUAUCGUUCAACGUGGAACAGAUUCCCGAACGUUUCGACCUGUUUCAUCCGAACGCGAUCAGUAUGCUAAAUCUUAGCUACCGCGUUGAAUGGCCUCUAAAUCUCAUACUGAAUCCGGAAACCAUCGAACAAUACGCUAAUAUCUUCAAGUAUUUGGUAAAAGUACGCCGCGUUAGUUUCGUACUCGGUAAAUCAUUUCAACUGCUUAAGGAAACCCACCGACAGUUCGGCAAACGAAUCCUGAGCUCACCCCAGUACAGUCGUGUUCAGCUGAUCUCGCACAAACUGUCCCAUCUGGUCAAUGCCCUUAAGAAUUACAUCACAAGCAGUGCGCUGCAGGCAUCCUGGGAAACAUUCCGCAAGGAUCUGGAGUCAGCCGAAUCAAUGGAGGAUCUGUACCGUAAGCACACCAACUACAUAAAAAGAAUUCUUUUUCUGUGUCUGCUGAGCAAAAAGAGUCUUGAAUUUUACAACAACAUGGAGGAGAUCUUCCGGGUUGUUCUCCGUUUCUAUAAACACCUAAAGUCUAAGGUAUGGCGCCCGCAAGACAAAAGCAACCCAAACUCAGCUUACAUUCACCCAAAGUAUGCGCAGAUCCUCACCGACGAGAGUGAUUUCGAGAAGCUGAUCAAGUAUACGAUCUAUCUGGGGAACAAAAUGUACGAUCGCGGUUAUCAGAAGGAGAUUCACGAGUUUAUCAAUGUUAUCAAUAUCAACGGCUAUUAUGAUGCAACUGGUGAAGUUACCCAUCAGUGAAUCACGAUGCAAACUUAUACAAGUUCCUUAUCGGUGUAACUGUUGUCGAGCUUCCUGAUAUGUGUGCCGAAUAAAUUGUAUCCUCCAGUGGAAGCAUAAUAAAAUUGUUAUCUCGCACUCUAGCUUUGCAAAAUGACCAAAUUGUUUUGCAGCUCUGACACGAUAAGAUAGAUGGAUAGAUCUAUAGGUUAGAGCUGCUAAGCGUCUAUCUCACUCUUGCCCACGCUGUUUUCUUUUGAUCCAGUGAUGUUAUUAAAGAAGGAUACUUCUCUCAGCCUAGAUUAGCUAAACAAUUCACCCACCAAGCUAUUCACGACCUUAAGUUAACUACGAUGUAAUCAUAUCAAAACUGUUCCCGAUCGUGAGUGUUCAUUGUUAUUAUAGACCCAUGUGUAUAUAUAAAUAAAAUAUUAACCGAUAA